AUGAAGAGACCAUUUCCAUCGGAGGAAAAUCAAAUUGAUGCAAUGGACUUUUCUUCCCCUAAUUCCGUUCAACCAUUUCACGUUCAUCUCCCCAAUCUCCUCACGGACAUCAACUCCUCGGAGGAGGCACUCACCAAAAGGGCAGCAAUGUAUCAGGAAUACAUGAAGCAGAUCCCAAUCCCGAGGAAUCGAGGCUCUGUCAUUCCGUUUACUUCAUGGAUGGGAUUAGGCAAAUCCAUUAAGCAGCUAUAUGGGCAGCCUCUACAUUACCUCACAAAUGUCGCCCUUAAGCAAUGGGACCAAUUGAGAAUUGGCAGCGAGGAUGAAUGGAAGCCGUUGGACGAUAUAGUUCAUCCAUGCAAAGGAGAAGCCUCCAUCUGGCUGAUGGAAGAAAUCCAUCGGCAAACCUCGUCACAUUAUCAUAUUGCUAAUCUCUGGAAGAAGGACCCAAUGUACAGUGGGUUUGUUGAUUCCAUUUUCCCUAAAUUAGAGCACACAUCUUGA